CACUGUGCUUCAGUCCCAAGGCUGUCAGGUUCCAGAGGACUUCACCCUCAGGACAUUAUUUCUUUCUUAAAAGGACUUGUUCCUGUGGAUAUCCAGGUGGCUGGCUGGGAGAAGGAACCGGUUUCUCCAGCCCCUGGGCCUUUGCAGGCCGGCUGGGCAGCCUCUGCCCUGCUGGUGGGAGCAAACAAUGGGGCCAGGGUGGGACUGAGCGGGGUCUGGGCUCUGGAGGACUGGAGAAAGCUUGCCAGGAGGAAGAGGAGGAAGAGGCCGCUGAAGCCCAGCCGGGAGGACCCCGGCCUGAGGCCCUUGCGUGCCCAGCCUGGGCCUGCACUUCCUGUGUCUGCGGCCUGUGGGGCUGGCUGAUGAUUAACGAGGAAAGCUGCCCUCUCAAGCGCUCACACCUGCCUGGCCUGUGGGGCCCGUGGGGGGGCCCCUCUGUGUGCCUGACAGAGCCACUGCGUGAGGAACUUCCCGUCCCCAGGUGAGGAGGGGUCAGGAUCUCUAGUGGCCGGACAGAAUCUGUUUCCACCUUUGUAUGGAGAGCGGACAGCAGCCAAGAGGCCUCUAGGAAGCGGAGCCCCUUCGCCGAGCCCCGAGGAGGACAUUACCUGUCUGAGGGCGAGGAAGACCAUGCGGAGAUGCAGGGCAGCUGGGAAGGCUUCCUGACCGUGCUGGGCGUCCUGGCCGGGCUGGCAGCUUCUGGAUCCAGUUAUGCAAUCAUAGAAGGUCCCAAGAAUGUGACAGUCCUGGAGGGCUCCGAGGCUCACUUCAACUGCACCGUCUCCCAGGGUUGGAAGCUCAUCAUGUGGGCUCUGGAGGGCACCGUGGUGCUGAGCGUGACGCCCACGGAGCCCAUCAUCACCAACGAGCGCUUCACCUCCAAGAGCUACGACCUGGGCGACACCUUCAUCUCUGAGAUGGUGAUCCACGACGUGCAGUUCAACGAUUCGGGGCAGGUCAGAUGCAGCCUCCAGAACAGUAACCGGGAUGGAUCUGCUUUCCUUUCGGUCCAAGUUAUGGGAGCGUUGCUUAUUCCCAGUGGUAGUCUUGUGGUCACUGAGGAUAAACCUUGUAAUGUUACUUGCCAAGCGCUGGGCUGGACCCCACUCCCGGAGUUUUCCUGGGAGGUCGGCGUCCCCGUCAGCCAGGCAAGCAAUUACUCUGUGCUGGAUCCCGGAGACCUUCACAGUGCACUGAGCAUCCUGGCUCUCACGCCACAGGGCAAUGGGACUCUGACUUGCGUGGCCACUCUGAGGACCCUGCAGGCCUACAAGUCUGCAAGUGUAAACCUUACUGUGGUUCAGCCUUCCCUGGGUAGUAUUGAUAAUCCAGAUACAUCAUUGCCUACCUGGGCCAUAGUUCUACUUGCAGUAUCGUUUUCAUUGCUUUUGAUCCUGAUAAUUGUUUUGAUUAUAAUAUUCUGCUGCUGUUGUGUCUCCGGGAGAGAGGAAAAAGAAUCUAGUUAUCAAAGUGAAAUAAGGAAAUCUGCAAGUGCAAAGACAAACAAAGGAACUUUUGAGACAAAGUUAAAAAGUGGAAACGAAAACUAUGGCUACAGUUCAGAUGAACCAAAGACCACACAGAUUGCUUCUCCUCGUCCCAAGGCCCGUGAAGUCAGUAUUCUGGAACGAAGUAGCAGUAGGCAUCCUUAUCAGGAACCUGAUACUCAUCGGUCCAGCCCAGCAAGUCGUCCACAGGUUUCUUUUAUUAAUCUUCCCAGCCCCAAGAAGGUCAGGAAUGUGACUCUGGUAUAGCAGAGACUUCCCUUGUGCUCCGUUUUGCACUUGGCUGACGGUUUACAACACAACGAUGCCAUCAUUCCUCCCCAUCUUGACACUGGACUCUCUUUGCCAACGUUUCCCGCAGAGGCGACGUCGCGGUCAUUGGAACUGAUAUUUUAUAUAGAGAGAAGGAACUGAUUUUCCCAGAUUUCAAAGUGGAAUUUGACUUUUAAAAUGUUUCCAGGUUUUAGUGAAGUUCACCAAGUCACUAAGUAAAAGCCGCACAUUUAUCAUGGUGGUGUUUCUCAGCAGUCAACACUCCCGUUUGCUAAUCCAGUGAAUGGUUGGUAAGUCUAUGAUCUACCAUGACUUUUUAAAUGUUUCUGUUAUCUUAAAUCAUAUUAAGGUGAUAUUUAUGUAUGUUUCACAUGUAGUGGCAUUAUUGCAUAUUAUCAGGGAAAUAAGAGGAUGGAAACUUAGGAUCAAUCAGAAAUCUAAAAUUGACUGGCAAAUCAGAGCUCCACAGGUUAAAAGUAAGAUGCAGUUCGAACACUGUUGCACACAUGGGCCUAAAUUUCUCAUGAUUGAGUGUUUACAUGAAGACGUUUGCUUUUAUCUGCUUCCUUGUCGGACUUGUUCUCCUCUUCUCAAACGAAUGAAAUAUGGAUCAUGCUUUGCAGGGGAUGUACCUGGCACACCACAAACACAACGAACAAACUGGAGACGGGCAAUGUGUUCUUUAAUAAAGAAAAAAGAAAACACCAAAAAAUGGGUAUUCCUUUUCUUAACUCUUUACUAUUCAAGCGACAGUUGAAAGAAUCCAGCAUUUUCCAAGAAGGACAAU